AUGGAGAAUAAAAACUUACUUGCACGUUCAUACUUUGAUCCACGAGAAGCAUAUCCUGAUGGAAGUACAAAAGAAAAGCGAAGAGCUUACAUAGCUACAGCUCUUGCUGGUGAAGUAUCAGUAGUACCAUCAAGUAGAUUACUUGCAUUAUUAGGACAGGCAUUAAAAUGGCAACAACAUCAGGGUUUACUACCACCUGGUACUACAAUAGACUUGUUUAGAGGAAAAGCAGCAGUACGAGAUCAAGAAGAUGAGAAGUACCCUACACAACUUUCAAAACAAAUUAAGUUUGGUCAAAAAUCUCAUGUAGAAUGUGCACGUUUUUCACCAGAUGGUCAAUAUUUAGUUACUGGUUCUGUUGAUGGAUUUAUUGAAGUAUGGAAUUUCACAACUGGUAAAAUUAGAAAAGAUUUAAAAUAUCAAGCUCAAGAUAAUUUUAUGAUGAUGGAACAAGCAGUAUUAUCGAUGGCUUUUAGUCGUGAUAGUGAAAUGUUAGCUGGUGGUGGUCAAGAUGGAAAAAUAAAAGUAUGGAGAGUUCAAAGUGGACAGUGCUUAAGAAGAUUCGAAAAAGCACAUUCAAAAGGUGUUACAUGCCUUCAGUUUAGCAGAGAUAAUAGUCAAAUAUUAUCUGCAUCAUUUGAUACUACUAUACGGAUACAUGGACUCAAAUCUGGAAAAACCUUGAAAGAAUUUCGAGGACACGCUUCUUUUGUAAAUGAAGUAGUCUUUGCACCAGAUGGACAUAAUACAAUAAGUGCUUCGUCAGAUGGAACUGUGAAAAUUUGGAGCUUGAAAACAACAGAAUGUAUAGGUACAUAUAAGUCUUUAGGAGCUGCAGAUUUAACUGUAAAUAGCAUACAUCUCCUUCCUCGAAAUCCAGAACAUUUUGUUGUGUGUAAUCGUUCCAAUACAGUAGUAAUUAUGAAUAUGCAAGGACAAAUAGUGAGAUCGUUCUCUAGUGGUAAACGUGAGGGAGGUGAUUUCGUGUGUACUGUUGUAAGCCCGCGUGGUGAAUUUAUUUAUUGUGUUGGCGAAGAUCUUGUGCUUUAUUGUUUUUCUACAUCAUCAGGAAAACUUGAAAGAACUCUUAAUAUACAUGAGAAAGAUGUUAUAGGUCUAACACAUCACCCUCAUCAAAAUCUUUUAUGUUCUUAUAGUGAAGAUGGUCUUUUAAAAUUAUGGAAACCAUAA